AUGGCGCUGGGCUCCCGCCAAGGCUGCCGCUGGUGCGGCCGCGCCGCCCUGGGACAGCCGAGGCGGCGGCGAGUCCCGGAGCGGGCGGAGCCGGCCGGGUGCUCGGCGCGGCCGUACUCGGAGGGCGGCGGUGCUGCCGAGGCGGCGGGCGGGGCGGAGCUGCUGGAGGUGUGCUGGCGGCGGCGCUUCCUACGGGGCGGCGCGGGGCCGCUGCCCUGGAGCGCCUACCUGAGCGGCCGCCACCCCGGCUUCGGGCCGCUGGGCGCGGCGCUGCGCGCUAACCUGGCGGCGCAGUGGUGGGACUCGGCGCUGCCCGUGCGGGAGCAGGUGUUCCCCGUGGACGCCGCGCUGCACGGCCCGCCCGGCGCUCCGAGCGACGCGCAGGGGCUGCGGCUGCUGCACCCGGAGACGCUGCGCGGAGCCCUCCAGGGCUGCGGGCAGAGCCCUGGCGGCCCGGGCCUGGAAGAAGUGCUGGGGGCUGCGGGGGUGCUGCGGGAGAGCCUCCUGCCCGGUGUUCUGGCACAAUACGUCAGCUGCUUAGAGCUGGUGAACAGAAGACUGCCCUGUGGCCUUGCUCAGAUUGGAGUGUGCUUUCAUUCUGUUCCAGAAAGUGAACAUUCUGUUCCAGGAAACGAACAACACAACAAAAACUGUACAAGAAUAGGCGAGAGGACCACGUCAUUGCUUGCAUGGUUUAGUUCUCCCAGAACUGCAGGACAGUGGCUCGAUUACUGGCUACGCCAGAGGCUCCAGUGGUGGAGAAAGUUUGCUGUAGGCCCGUCUAACUUCAGCAGCAGUGACUUUCAGGAUGAAGAAGGCAGAAGAGGAUUUAAGUUACAUUACAGCUUUCCUUGGGGGACAGAAACAAUAGAAACACUGAAGAACCUUGGUGAUACUGAACUGUUACAGAUGUAUCCAGGAGAGAGAUCAAAAUUACUUGGCCGAGAUGGAAGGAAGAAUGUCAUCCCUCAUGUUCUGUCUGUGAAUGGGAAUCUGGACCGAGGAGUGUUAGCAUAUCUCUUUGAUUCUCUACAGCUAGCUGAGAAUCCAUUAACAGCAAAGAAAAAUUCACAGAGAAAGGUACUUAAGCUUCAUCCUUGCUUAGCACCUGUUAAAGUAGCCUUGGAUGUAGGAAAAGGUCCAACAACAGAGCUGAGGCAGGUUUGUCAAGGAUUGUUCAAUGAGCUGACAGAAAAUGGAAUUUCUGUAUGGCCAGGUUAUCUGGAAACUGUGCACAUGUCUCUGGAACAUCUUUAUGCAAAGUACGAUGAGAUGAGUAUUCCCUUCAUGGUCUUGAUAAGUGAUGGCACCCUAGAGAAUGGAGUGGUCCAGCUGAGAAGCAGAGAUACCACCAUGAAGGAAAUGAUGCACAUUUCCAGGCUGAAGGACUUUUUAAUUAAGUAUGUUACAUCAGCCAAAAAUGUGUAAACUUAAACUGGUUGAAUAAAAGGAUUUUCUUAGA